GGCUUGCUAUACCACUAUUCACAUGCUAAAAAAUGACAUUAGCAAGCCAUGUUUAGCAAUUGUGGUUGGAGAUGCUCUUAUUGCGUGUUUUUACACCAUUAGUCCAACUACUUCCAAACCAUAUCACAACACGCCCGCACGCGCCGCCCUCUACCCAGACGCGCCUUUUCUGUGCGACGCUGCUUGGAUUUCCGCAAGCGGCAAAAAUUCUCUCUCUCUCUCUCUCUCUCUCUCUCUUGUUUUCCUACCGGAUUGAGAGUGUCAACUGUCUUCGAUUCCCUCUACAAUGGCUUCCCCGAAAUCGAUUGCAGUUCUAUCCGUUCUCGUACUGUUCCUCAUAUCUUCCCGAACAGCGUCGUGCGCCGAGAGCAAGAACAGAGCAGCGGCCAAUGAGGAAGAGGAGGAUCUCAGCUUCCUGGAGGAAGACGGCGACUCCGAUUUCUCACAUUCCGAUCCGUACGGACAACACCACGACUUCGAGAACUACGACGAUCUAGAGGAAGAUCCGGAGGCCUUGGGUCACGGCUACGACGACGACGGCUCCUACGAGCCGCCGGAGGUGGACGAGAAGGACGUGGCGGUGCUGAAGGAGGGCAAUUUCAGCGAGUUCAUCGCGAAGAAUAAGUACGUGAUGGUGGAGUUCUACGCGCCGUGGUGCGGACACUGCCAGGCUUUAACACCGGAGUACGCGGCCGCGGCCACUGAGCUCAAGGGCGAGGAGGUGGCGCUGGCGAAGGUGGAUGCUACGGAGGAGGCUGAGCUGGCGCAGAAGUAUGAAGUGCAGGGGUUCCCCACCGUCUACUUAUUUGUUGAUGGUGUUCACAAGCCCUACAAUGGCCAACGAACCAAAGAGGCUAUUGUUGCAUGGAUAAAGAAGAAGACCGGAUCAGCUCUAUUCAACAUAACAACGAUAGAGGAUGCAGAGCACAUCUUGGCUACUGAGCCAAAACUUGUUUUGGGAUUUUUGGACAGCUUGGUGGGAUCAUACAGUGAUGAACUUGCUUCUGCUGCAAAACUUGAAGAUGAUGUCAUCUUCUAUCAAACUUCCAAUUCUGACGUAGCUAAGCUGUUCCAUCUUGAUCCGGAAGUCAAACGUCCGGCCCUUGUUAUGAUUAAAACAGAAGCUGAAAAAAUUAACCUUUUUGAUGGCGUGUUCACGAAAUCAGCAAUAUCUGAAUUUGUUUAUGAGAACAAGGUUCCUCUUGUCAACUACUUCACCAGAGAAACCGCACCACAAAUAUUUGAAAAUCCAAUUAAGAAACAGUCCUUUGGGGAGAAGUUUCUGGAAGACAAUCUAAAGCCCUUUUACAAGUCGGAACCUAUUCCAGAGAAUAAUGACGGGGAUGUUAAAAUCGUGGUUGGCAAUAACUUUGACGAAAUUGUUCUUGAUGAAUCUAAAGAUGUUCUUCUUGAGAUUUAUGCUCCUUGGUGCGGGCACUGUCAAAGUCUAGAACCUGUAUACAACAAGCUCGCCAAGCAUUUGAAGGGCAUUGACUCGCUUGUUAUUGCCAAGAUGGAUGGGACGACCAAUGAGCACCCUAGAGCAAAGUCUGAUGGAUUCCCGACUCUGCUAUUCUUCCCAGCCGGGAACAAGAGCUUUGAGCCCCUUACGGUGGACACAGACCGUACUGUAGUGGCCUUCUACAAAUUCUUGAAGAAAAAUGCAUCCAUUCCUUUCAAGAUUCAAAAGGCAGUUUUGCCUAAGAAACCGGAGGCGGAAACACCCCCACCCCCACCCCCACCCCCACCUCCAGUCCAUGAGACGACUACCGCCUAUGGUGAUGUAAAGGAUGAACUAUGAGAGACCAGCAGAGACAAGGCGCCGCUACAUAGAAAAGAGGCCAAUACAGGCGUAAAAGAGGCAGAAAAAUGACAAAUCUUUUGAGAACCCCAUGCAGUGUUUUUGAUAUUUGGCAAAAGUUUAGUUUUGAAUAUUGAAUCAUACAUACUCUAAUUCUCUGAAUAAGUCGUAGCCUUUCCUUAGUUCUAUAUAUGCCAUUUUGUGCUCAAAAAGUGAAAUAUAGAGAAAUUCUUAUA